GCGCGGUCCAGGCGGAAGUUUCAGGCUUGUGCUUUCUGACUCUCGGCGGCCCCCGUCCACGUCCGCCCCCACGUGACCCAAACAGAUCCGGGCACUUCCACUUCCCCUCCGCUUUCUUCUCGGCAGUGUCCGCGGCGGAUCCAGAGUCGGGUCCCCGCGAAGGCGGCGUCGGCGGCGUCAUGGCGGAGCUGACGGCUCUGGAGAGUCUCAUCGAGAUGGGCUUCCCCAGGGGACGCGCGGAGAAGGCUCUGGCCCUCACAGGGAACCAGGGCAUCGAGGCCGCGAUGGACUGGCUGAUGGAGCACGAAGACGACCCCGAUGUGGACGAGCCGCUGGAGACCCCCGUCGGACAUGUCCUGGGACAGGAACCCACCUCCUCCGAGCAGGGUGGCCCCGAAGGACCUGGCGCCCCCGCGGAAGAAGGCAGACUCGUUUUGAGUGAAGAGGAAAGACAGGAGCAGACUAAGAGGAUGUUGGAGCUGGUGGCCCAGAAACAGCGGGAGCGGGAAGAAAGGGAAGAGCGGGAGGCCUUGGAACGCGAACGGCAGCGCCGGAAACAAGGGCAAGAGUUGUCAGCCGCCCGGCAGCGGCUCCAGGAAGACGAGAUGCGCCGGGCCGCGGAGGAGCGUAGGAGGGAAAAGGCCGAAGAGUUGGCAGCCAGGCAGAGAGUCCGAGAAAAGAUUGAAAGAGACAAAGCAGAGAGAGCCAAGAAGUACGGUGGCAGCGUGAGUUCCCAGCCAUCCGCAUCCGCCCAGCCAGGCUCUGUUCCCUCCUCUCCCAGCCAGGAGCCUCCCAGCAAGCGGGAAUAUGACCAGUGCCGCAUACAGGUCCGGCUGCCCGACGGGACCUCGCUGACCCAGACGUUCCGGGCGCGGGAGCAGCUGGCAGCCGUCCGGCUCUACGUGGAGCUGCACCGCGGGGAGGAGCCCGGCGGGGACCAGGACCCCGUGCAGCUGCUCAGUGGCUUCCCCCGGAGGGCCUUCUCAGAGGCCGACAUGGAGCGGCCUCUGCAGGACCUGGGACUCGUGCCUUCUGCUGUCCUCAUUGUGGCCAAGAAAUGUCCCAGCUGAGAGGCCUCUAUCCACCUCCGGCCUGACCUCUUCAUCUUUGAUAAAGCACUGACAUCUCUUUCCUAAUAAACAGCCCCUCUGAGUUCUCU